AUGGAAAUUACUAAGGCAGCUGGCGUAGCUGGAGCACACAUGGCAGGAGGGGCGGCGCGGAUAACUCCCGAUGAUCUGUCAGCGCGGUGUGGCCUCAUAUUGCGUUGGGCUAGUGUAAUGGCGGGCGGGCUUGGCUCAGGACAGCUGCUGAUGCUGGUUGUGGACACGGGCAAACGGCGACGAUUUUCCGUGGCUUCUCUCGUCAAGGUUCUCUGA